AUGCCAACUGGGCCCCACUUCUUCCCCAACUCGACAUCGAUAUCUCUGCGUUCACCAUCUGAAUAUGACUUUUACAUUCCAGUUGUGGACAUAUUCACGCUCGACACCGAAGUUUUGAUCCCACGUGAUGCGGACAGCCCGUCUCCCACUACAGCACUCGUUCGUGCCGGAUACCUGGGUCAUGUGCCACAUGCACCAUCUCUUGCAUUUUCACUGCAUACUUUAGAACACUUCCGACUUCUACGAGCCCGCAAGCCCUCAUUCAGUAUCGAGGCAUUUGGAAAAGUAUUGUGCGAUUCGUACAAGAUACCUUAUCGACGACGCUAUCGUACAUGCUUGUCGGGGGCAUUUGAUACCUACCUAGCCAUUCUCCGUGGUGUUGACAGGAAGAUCAACGAAACUCUUGGCCGUGAUGCUCCCAACUGGCGUGUUCUCAAUGCCUGCCCCCCUUGCACUUAUGAAUUGGAGGGAGAGCCCACUCUCACCUUUGGACGGAUGUAUGUCCUUGAUGGUGGGAACUCAGCAAAACGAAUGGCAGAAGGUGCACGUAAUUGUGGCGAUAUGCGGCAGUAUACCGAGAGUGACUACAUUCUUCCCGCACUUACGUUGACCACUGAUGAAGAUGCCGAUGCAGACCCGUCAAGACACACCAUUGCAUCAGACUGCAGCAAGAACUGGAAGGCUGCUGCAAGCGACGAAAAGAAGCGGAUGUGGAGCAUUUUUGAUGAAACAGGCAUCUUUGUCUCUGCCUGUCGCCAUGGCCUUGUUUUGUGGGUAGCAGAUAUGGUUCGCAGUGGAGAACUGGCCAAGUACCCCCUCGCAAUUAUAUCUAAGGUUCUCGAGCUCCUCGGCGAGCGCUCUCUUGCUGCCUAUGACAUUGGCUGUGGGUUCGCAUCAACAAUCCGUGCCAGCAGCCUUGGAAAAGCAUUCGAGCAGCAAGGCUGCCGUAUCUGCGUUGAUGCGUUCCAUGGUUACGCACACAACUACGCAUGUCAAACCAAGAAUCAUCCAAAUGGCAUUCAAGGCGCAGGCAUCGAGGACUUCGGAGCCAUCAAACGCUUCUUCAGUGCAUCUAACGCACUCGCUCCUGUCAUCCGCUAUGCAACUGCCUACCGUCGUUCUGUCUUUCUCGAUCUCUUCUUCAAACAAUGGGACGACGACAAAUACCUGAACCUUGCCACAAUGAUCUACCACAACUACAAGCAAUCUAUUAACAUUAUAGCAUCGGAGUCUCUUGCCCUCGAUGGUGCCAAGGCAUCGCUUGGCAUCCAGGAUGGUGAUCUGGAGGCUUGGCGUCAAGAAGAGAUUGAAUAUAUUGCUGGUCUUGGCAAGGAGACCACGUGGGAUAUCCACGCUAUGGCAUAUGUCAAGCUUCUUCAUAAGUUGAGGGACGCGCAGACUUGCGCAAGCGAUGCAUCCUUGCAGUUUCUAUCUACGAUGCCAUCCGAUUAUCAAUUUUUGUCCCCCUCACAGGACAUGUCAUAUUCCGCCAAUGUGUCAGCUACGAGAAAACUUGAAACUCAACGUAGGUACCACUCCGAACGCCUCGACACACUUCAACAUGAGGUAGUCGCCUUGGAGGUCAAGAUGGGUAUCACUCACCGGUGGCAGCCAACCUCACCAGAGUAUCAAGAAACCAUGAAAUAUAUGGCGAUGCACACCUAUCAGCGUGCCCUCGAUAACCUCCAGCGCCUAGUAGUGCAGCGUCUAUUUGAGUUGCAAAAGCUUAAUAUCUCUCAGACAGCCUACAAGAUGCGCACUCAUAUCUCGAAGUCGCUUCAGACGCGUUGUCACGCCAUUCAAACUGCCAUCAAGAAAUACAAUGAGGCAGCAUCACAGCUCCACCCACCGCGUCCGCCGCUUGAAUGGUCCAAGGUGUCGCACUACAGUUUCCUCGAGGAGUUCAAUCUUCUCCGUGAGACACAGCAAGACAUCCGCGACAAGAUGUGGGCGAAACCAGCUAUUCGUGAGACGAUGCGGCAAUGGCUACGCAUACAGCGUGCGAAGGAAGAGAUUGAGAGGUGCAAUGUUGAAGUCCGGCGUUUGCAUACAUCUAUCGUGGACGAAGACCGGCACUUCACUCGUGUUCUUUCUUCACUUGAAGACUCACCUUUAUAUUUCGCUGUUCAAGAAUUCUGCACACACCGGCGGCUGGUCAACUCCCAGCUCCUUGACCGCAUCUUCCAGAUAUAUGCACUUCCCGGCUUUAGUGGGGUGGCCUCUCCAGGCUUAAGGAAGGGGCGAGUUGAUCUCGAUGGAGAGGGAGAUGGUAUGGACGGUAUCCUUGUUGGUCAUGAGCAUGAGCACGAUCGUGAUGGUGACGAUGAAACCAUCGAGGCGCUCGAUGACGAAGGUGAUGACAUGCAGGAUAUCGGGACUUUAGUAGAAUACCUGUCGGAUCUUGCACUUACUCACUGA